AUGGUAACGUCUGCGGUCCGUCAGCGGGGCAGAUACAGUAAGAAUGGAUGCCGCCAAUGCAAAACGAGAAGAAUCAAAUGUGACGAAGGAAAACCGGAUUGUUGGCAAUGCUCUCGGCUCAAAAAGCCGUGUCUGUACCUACGAAAGGAUAGGGAAGGAGAACCAGACGGUUCUGGCACCCACUCUGUUCAAAAACAGCGGAAAGCCAACGAGAGAACCUCUCUGGAGAGAUUAACCAAUGCCAUUUGGGAGAACAGAGAGAAGGUAGGAAGGCAAGAAAUUGUUAGAGAGCAGGAAAUUGUAAAAACAACACCCAAUAGAGGUGAUUCAGAAAGUUCCACGAGUUCAGAAUCUUCUAGAGAAAGCUCCCACCAGCCGCAGGCUCCAGUGGCCAGUACAAGUCUAGUAGAAAUUGUCAGGGGUGAUGCGGGAACUGGAAUUCAAGAUCUGAGCGGCAACGAGGGCCAGAGCAUUGCAAAUGAGGCUAUUACCACGUUGGUAUUUCCAGAAAGGCAUCAGCGGAGAGAUCAAAGGUGCGCUGAACCCAUAAAUCAUUACGACCUCAAUUUAUUAGCUUUGGAUCUCGACAGCAUCGUCAACAACAUGAUGGAUGUGGAUCAAAGUGGUACAAUCAAUGAGUAUUCGAGAAUGGGAAAUGAGAUUCUUGAGGAAAGCGAAGAAGGAAGCAACCCAGGAGAUAUACAACCAACUAAUAGAACAUACGAUGGUCGGGACGGGGAUGAUUAUAUUCCUCGCAAUCUACCCUUUGACUUUAUCCCUUUUACCCGCAAUAAUGAAAAGUUGUAUUUCGAGGAAUUCUACAACAAUCUAUCCACUAUCAUUCAGCCCUUCCCUUCUUAUGAUCCCAUUCAUGGUUAUUACUGCACGACUCGAGAUAUUUUCCUUCAGGUGGCCUCAAAGGAGCCUUUUGUGUUAUCUGCUAUUUUAUCACAAGGAGCUAAGAUGAGUUACGAAAAGCAUGGCUUGAAAGAAGACGAGGAAGCAUCCUACAAAUACUUAAUUAAGUGCUUAAGACUUUUCGAGCCUGCUUUGCUUCACAGCAGAGAGCAUAGUGACCUAGUCAGCCAUAAGAUAGAGGCUGUCCUAUUGACCAUUCUCAUUUUAGCAUCAGCUAAUGCAUCGAUGCUGAAUUCUGAUUGGCGCUCCCAUCUUAGGGGCGCCAAAGAGCUUCUACUCAAGUACUCAGCCAAUAGCAAUGACAGCCUGUUUGAUAUGUCUAGAGUAAUGGUUUUUUGCAAGCAUUGGUUCAUUUCAUUUGAAAUAUUAGCGGGGCUCAGUUCAAGUAGAGGUGGCACUCUUCGAAAAGAUACGGAAAUGGACCUUAUCUUGAACGCAAGUGAACACGAAAUGCAAAUUCUAGAAAAGAUGGGAAUUGUUCGGCCCGACGGUUUCAACCUUCUUGUGGGAAUACAUCACUCUUCUUUGACGCCGAUAAAGGGCCUUAUCAAAUUGCUCAACCGAUCCAGGAGUGAAAAUGAUGCAUGUAACACCUUUGAUGUUAUCGAGUUACUAUCUCAAUUUCACGAGCAAUUGAAGAUUAAGUUUGUGUUUCGAGAAGGAACGAAGAAUGUGGAUACUUUCCUAGGGACUGAACUUCCAAAUGGCUCAUUACUUGAGUACGUCAAUCUACUGAAUGGAAAUCUUGUUAUCAGCUGGAUGGACAUAUCACACCAGUCAUAUGUUCUCGCAUCCAUGAUUAUCUUAUUAAGAAAAGGAUUGCAGUUCACUCCAAGCAAUCCGCAUGUUCAAUGUUUGAAUAAGAAACUACUUAAUUUAGUCUCGUUCAUAACCGACUGCCAGGAAUUAUCCAGUAACUCAAAGAAUUCCAUGCUACUAAUUCAAUGGCCUAUCCUAAUUGCUGGUCUAAAUUGCAUUGGAGAUGCAGAUCGGUUGAUUGCAAUGAAAUUUUUCAGGAGUUUGGCCAAUAUUGGAACCACCAAUUCCACUUACGCAUUACGGAAAUUUAACAAAGUUUGGAAGCAGCCGAACACGGAGGCAAGUGAUUGCCUAGAUAGCAGUGAUGUUGAUGUUAUGACAUACUGA